AUGGGGCAGUGUUCGUCCUCCAGCUCCCAGCAUCAAGAAGCAGAGCAGAAGCAGCAGCCGGCUGCCGGUGUUGACAGCCAGAAAAGGCAGGAGCAGCUGAGAAAGGCGGCUGCAGCGGCGCACAUGAAUCAGCCAUACCAUGCAUCUAGCAAUGAGGAGCUGGUCCUCCUGGUGUCGCUGGAUUCAAUCACCAAGAUUGGGUGA